AUGUCCUCUGUCACUACAUUCCCCCAAUUCAUGUUUCUGCCCCUGGAGAUUCGUCAAAACAUCUGGCAAGAUGCAGCUUCGACUGGCCCAAUGCGCCUGGACCUCAGUAAAUACGAAGCAAGACUCGAUCAAGAUUACGUGAUGUUGUUCUUGAGCACCGAGUGUCGAAAUCAUGUAGCCAAGCAUCAGCGACAACGUUUCGCUGUCUACAUGGCGAGCGAAGAAGCACGACAUGAAUGUUUGCGACACUCGACAUUGGUCCUGACAGAUUCGAUACAACUGUAUCUAGGGGAAUACUCAUGCAUCUGUGUCGAGGAAGGCUAUGUUGACCCGAGGAAAUGUUUCCGAACCCUUUUGAUCGAUUGGCGUUCCGAUUUGGUGGUCAUGGAGUUCUUGAACCCGGAUCUUUUUGAUGCAAGACGCGAUUCAUUCUGUCCUCAAUUUCCGUGGGCCAGCAUCACUCGGCUCGGUCUCCGUAACGACGUCUUUAUGGCCUCCCGCACCUUUCCUGGCAGGCGCUUGGAAGUGCAACGCCGGAAAUCCAAGUAUUGGCUGGAGUGCUGGAGCUCGGUACAAGAGAUCACCUUUGUUCUCGACGACUGUGUGGAACGACGCGGGUACCUGGCACCGAGUAGUGCCCCGCAACUCGAUUGGCGUGCUCCUCUCGAAGUCACGUAUCGUACCAGCAACGCUUUCGAGAAGGAGUUAAAAUCGAUGAAGAGAAAUGUACUGGACGCCUUGUACACUGCCGGAAUCUUCAGAGAAGAAAUGGACAAGCUUGGCAGGAAAGCCAAGGUGGAGACUGUCCUGGAGCUAUCCUGGCCGUGA